AUGGCUGCGCCCUACCCCCAGGUUGUCCUAUUUGGGGACUCGCUCUUCGAACGCGCCACUGAAACCAAAGAUGGCUUCUGCUUCCAGGCUGCCCUCCAGUCACAGUGUGGGCGAGUUUUCGACGUCGUGAACCGAGGCUUCUCGGGCUACAACACGUCCCAGGCACUCAAGAUACUCCCCAAAGUCUUCCCGGACCCAGCGUCUUCACCUGGCCCGAAGCUGGCUUAUCUGCUGGUCCUUCUCGGUGCCAAUGAUGCGGCUCUGCCCCGCUCAGAGAACAGCCAGCACGUUGACCUGCAGGAGUACGAGAAGAAUCUCAAGACCAUCCUGACCCACCCAAACAUUCGGGCCCAUAAGCCCAAGAUUCUCGUCGUGACACCGCCUCCACUGGAUGGCGUUCGGUACGGUCAGCUCUCGAGGCUGAAUGGCGAGACGACCACCUCCCGCCAGGCUCCCAUCACGGCACAAUACGCAGAAGCAGCCCGUCGCGCCGGUGUUGCGGUGCCCGAUGUCACCGUUAUCGAUUUCUGGAAAACGCUGAUGGACCGGGCUGUCUCCCGAACGCCCGGCUUUGAAGCCAAGGAUGGCGUCCUGCUUGGAGACGAGGCUUCAGGCAAAAACGGCUACCUCGCCAACCUGCUGGCAGAUGGCCUGCAUCUUUCUGGCGAGGGGUAUCGGCUGCUGUUCGAAGAUGUACGCCACCACAUUGAACAGACUCGACCGGAGUCCCUUAGUGACGACAGCGCCGAGAUCUUCAGGCCCUCGAACAAGACGGCAAUAUACUCGCUUUCCAGUGACCAACACGUUACAGCCGACAGAACGCUCAUUCUCGGCAGGCCGCCUGAAGAGACCAAUUUCGAGCGGAAUUUCUGCUUGGCGCGUUCGAGGUGGCUGGCCAGAGAGGGACAGCCGGCCGUUGCCGCAGGAGGUCUUGAGUGCGAUGCGUUUGAAACGCGCAGAUAUUCGAGACCUCUGUUCCUCUACGCUCCAUCCUACGAUAUCCCUUCCACCCUCUCGGUUGCCUUGUCGACUUUGUUACUCUCGCAGUCUCCAUCACUUCGGCCGGAUUCGGGCAUGGAUACUCGAUUCGUCGUUAGUCGAGAAGAGUUCCACAAUGUCCAGAUGGACGUAAGGCAAAUCCAUGCCGUGCAGGCUAGCCAGAAUGAAAGGCUGCUGCGGCUGGAGAAGCGGUAUCAAGAUGAUUCUGCCAUACGUUCCGCCUGGUCGAACUCGCCGUUUCCCAGCGCUCUGGUGGGUACGCCUCAACAUGGCCCUGUCAGGAUGCCCUCGACGGAAGCAUUUGACUUGGACGAGCAGAGCCAGACGCUUGGGUCGUUGCAUCUUGAUCCCGAUGACGAACCAGUUCGGCGAGCGGCUGCGGCCUCACGGGCCAAUAGCGUACGCUUUGACGAGAGCGCCAACAUGACGCAAAACGCGCGCCACUUCAGUGACAUGGGCCCUUUCCGGCCCGGCAGCAGUCUCAUGAUGGAGCGCUCGCUCUCACAUAAGUCUGACGGCAGACACAGCUCAGCCGGUCACUCAGUACAUUCCAUGGCAUCCGGCCGCGGUAGCAGUAUCGCGCUUGAGACGAACUAUAUGACGGGCGGUCACGAGCAGGACUCGCCCCUUGAUAUGCCCGAGCCGCCGCCAGUCUUUUUUGUCCUCGGAUCCGUUCCCGCCAUAAUUCGUUGCUGGCUCACAGAAGACUUUGCCAGCGACACCCUCCUGUACGCUGCCGUGUGUUCGGGUGCGCAAAAAUCCACCGUGGAGCUUUCGCUCAUCAAAGAGCUCGGGUUGACGGAUCUCAUCUACCGAGAUGUGGACAAUGCUUUCAAGAUACACCUGCAAACUUAUCUUGCCGAGGCUAUACCGGCCACAAGGUCUGCCGAUCCCGUUCCUCAAAUCCCCUCUUUGUCCAUUAGUUUUGAGGUCGCCAGCCUGGAUCAGACCACAGAGGCCAGCAAUCGCAAAAAGGGCAUUCGUAUCAUCAUCGGCAGCGACACGCUACGAACCCACAGUGCCGAUGUCUUGUUUUCACGGAAUCUGUUGUGCAUAUAUAGCCGCGAGCGAGAAAAAUUGUCUGUGCCGUUUGUACGCCCUGAGGACGACGCCAUAUUUAAGAACUUAUACACGUCCAGUGUCAAUCCGGAGAAGCCGAAGCUUAACGCCGCAGCAGCUGAGUUCAUCGCCGGCGAUCUGAAGUCUCGGGGAAGCAUCGACGAUGGUUAUGAAGAAGAGCAGCAUGUGUCUCGAGAGCAACAAGCAAUGGGCUCACAGGGAGGGCGACACAGACAGGAGGAGCAGUCGGCCAAGCAACAUGAUGAUCUUGCAUACCACAAGCAACUUUCUUUUCAAGAGCAAGAGACCGACGUCCAGAUUGCCAAUGGCAGCUUGACGGAUCCGGGCGACGUUUCUCCAACGACGACUCACGUUGUACCUGCUACCAAGUGGCCCAGGGGCACGACAAACCUGUCGGAUAGCGGAAACGAAGGUGAGAGGCAACCGCGACACUCAACCAGCUCAGAGCGUUCCGGAAAGGAGGCAGGCCCUACGUCUGGAGGUAGUCAACGUAAUGCGAGUGCUAUUUGGGGGUCUUGGCGCCAGGUUGGCUCUACAACUGGGAGCGAUGGCGGCCAUCGCGAGAACGGGUCCAUAAGUGGAUACCAGCCGCCCCGACAGCCAAGAACUAUGAAAGUUUUGAAGGCGAAAACAGGGGGCAGCUCUACAUCUGUUCGCACCGGAUCGUCCUACGAGCCUCCGCUUCCAUCUCGUUCGGGUGGUGAGCAUCGGAGCAAGAGCCAAGCACCGUUUAACUCGGCCAAUGACGGUGGAAAUGGCGGCGGAGGAGGUGGAAACAGCAGCACGGCAUCGAACGUGAUCCGUUGGGAGUCAAAGCGCACGAUAAGCAUUAGCAAUGCCGUGGCAAACAACGGUGUCAGCAAGGAGAACAAAAGCCAGCAAGGCCUGGCUGCACUCGAGCUCCGAAACAGCACCACUCCCGCGCCGCGGACUUCCAACCCUGUGGGUGGCGCCUCUGCUUUUGCAUGGAUGAAGCCGAACAAGCCAAAGACGCCAACUGCAGCGGAGUGA